AUGGCUGACGGUAUUCCGACUUUUAAACUUGUACUUGUUGGUGACGGUGGAACUGGCAAGACGACGUUCGUCAAGCGACAUUUAACGGGAGAAUUUGAGAAGAAAUAUGUGGCCACUUUGGGAGUCGAAGUGCAUCCGCUGCUUUUCCACACAAACCGAGGACAAAUUCGAUUCAACGUCUGGGACACUGCUGGACAGGAGAAAUUCGGUGGACUUCGCGAUGGCUACUACAUUCAAGGUCAAUGCGCCAUAGUGUUCUUUGACGUCACUGCUCGUGUCACCUACAAGAAUGUUCCAAAUUGGCAUCGGGAUCUUGUUCGAGUGUGCGAAAACAUUCCAAUUGUGCUCUGUGGAAACAAAGUCGAUGUGAAGGACCGAAAAGUCAAAGCCAAGACUAUCACUUUCCACCGAAAGAAGAAUCUUCAAUAUUACGACGUUUCGGCCAAAUCAAACUACAACUUCGAGAAGCCCUUCCUAUGGUUGGCCAGAAAGCUGCUUGGUGAUCCUUACCUUGAGUUCGUGGCCAUGCCUGCAUUGGCCCCACCAGAGGUACACAUGGACCCUGCUAUGGUUAAGCAAUACGAAGAUGAUCUCAAGGAGGCCGCCGACGCAGACCUGCCGGAUGACGACGACGAUCUU